AUGUGCCCGUAUUUGCAGCGAGGUUUAUCUUGCGGUCGGGGGCUGCGCUGCCUCUUUGCUCAUGAUAAGAAAGACUUGCGGCCUCUGCCGGACUUAAGACAGACGAAACUUUGUCCUGAAAAGAAGUUAAAAGGAAGCUGCAGCGACCCCUCUUGUUCUUAUGCGCAUGCAAUUGAAGAACUUAAACAUACACUACCGCUUUAUAAAACGUCAGCCCUUUUCUAUCAUAUGCAUCUGCAUGCAAAUGCUGCUACUCAUAUCCAUCACCCUCCUGCUGCUGCUGCUGCUGCUGAAACUGCUGCUCAGAUGGUUGCUGCUGCUAAUCAGAUCGCUCCUGCUGUUGUUGUUGCUGCUGCUGCUGAAACUGCUGCUGCUGCUGCUGGGACCGCUGCUGUUGCUGCUGAGAAUGCUGCUGCUGCUGAGAAGGCUGCUGCUGCUGAGAAGGCUGCUGACAAGGCUGCUGCUGCUGCUGCUGAGACGCCUGCUGCUGCUGUUGCUUUGUGUUGUUGCCUUGCUGCUGCUGAGAAGGCUGCUGCUGCAACGAGGACCGACGGAAGAGGCAACUUGUGUCAUGGCUACAAGAAGGGGCGUUGCACUGCAGGCGAAGGCUGCAGGCAUGCGCACGGAAUAGAGGAGCUGCGGCAGCACAGAAACUUUAGAAGGAAGAAGCGGGGACCAGCAGAAGCUGCUGCUGCUGCUGCUGCUGCUGCUGCUCCUGCUGCUGCUGCUACGAAUGCUGCUGCAAAUGCAGCAGCGGUUGCCGGGAACGGCUCAACAGCAGCGACAACAGAGUCCUGCAGUGCGGCGGUAGCAGCACGCCCGCAGUUUGCUGCUGCGGCUGCUGCUGCUGCUGCUGCUGCUGCUGCUGCUGCUGGGCGGGGAGAGGCUCUUCGUUUGGGGAAUGAUAAGAAUUCAAAUUCAUCUGCAGCAGCAAACUGCACCUUUUUCUAUGCUGCGAGUAGGGGUCCUGCUGCAGCAGCUGCUGCGGAGCAGCGCCUGCCGCAGCAGCAGCAGCAACAGCAGCACGAGCAGCAGCAGCAGCAGCAGCAGCAGCAGCAGGGUUUACUCGAGGUGCCUGAGUAUGGGGAGAGCGUCGAGCUGCUGAGGCGGCUGUCGCUGCCAUACGCCUCUCUGUCUCUGCUGCCUCCGAAGCAACUGUCUCUCUCAAAGCCAGCAGCAGCAGCAGCAGCAGCAGAUGUUUUCUCUAACUCAGUAGCAACACGCAUGCAGCAGCAGCAGCAGCAGCAGCAGCAGCCAGCAAUCCCCUUAGGGGGCCUCAAAACAAUCCGACAGAAGCCAGCCCCGCAAAAGGCGCAGAGUGCGCAGUUGCAGCAGCAGCUGCAGCAACAGCUGCAGCAGCAGAUGCAGCAGCAGCUGCAGCAGCAAAUGCAGCAGCAAAUGCAGCAGCAGCUGCAGCAACGCCUGCAGCAACAGAUGCAGCACCAGCAAGCCGCCGAAUGGGCAGGUGAUGCCUUCAGGGCAUACGCCCUGCAGCAGCAACAACAGCAGCAACAGCAGCAGCAACUGCAGCAGCAAUUGCAAUGCCAACUGCAGCAACAGCUGCAGCUUCAGCAGCAGCAGCAGCUCCUGCAGCAGCCGUUGCAGCAACACAGGCAGCAGCAGGAGGAAGACGAGGAGCAGCAGCAGCACGAUCAGCACUUAGUAAACUGGACCAGCGACCUGUUGAAGGCACUGGAGCUUAAGGAAGUGCAGCAGCAGCAGCAGCAGGUGCAGGUGCAGCAGCAGCAGCAGCAGGUGCAGCAGCAGCAGCAGCAGCAACGGCAGCCGCAGCUGCCGAACUUGGAGGAGCUUUUUAAAAGCCAGGUGGCGCUGCAGCAUUUGCUGCAGCUUUUCCUCUUGCAGCGCGAAGUAUCCACGCCUACGGCAAGCCCCACAGCAGCUGGCAGCAGCAGCAGCAGCAGCAGUAGCAGCAGCAACAGCAGCAACAGCAGCAACAGCAGCAACAGCAGCAACAGCAGCAAUAGCAGCAACAGCAGCAACAGCAGCAAUAGCAGCAACUGCAGCAACAACAGUAGCACGGUCUGCAGCAGCAACAAGGCUUGCAGCAGCAGCAGCGACUGCCAAGCCGUAUUUCCCCCCGUCUUCUCCCCUAAAGCCGCAGCAGCAAAUCCACACUCGUCUCUGCUUCUUGCCCUGCAGCAGCAGCAGCAGCAGCAGCAGCAGGGGUCGGAGAUGUUUUGCCUAAAGGGGGGGUCUGUUGAAGCGGUCAUCGACAAGUGUUUGCCUCCACUUCCGUUAUCUCCUUUGCUGCUGCCUGCUUCCGAACCUCAGCAGCAGCAGCAGCAGCAGCAGCAGCAGCAGCAGCUGCAGCUGCAGCAGCAGCAAAGCAAAUGUCCCCUGGACAGUUUGCGCCUGCAGCUUCCAGACGCCCCGCAGCAAAAUCUGUGGGGGAAUUCAAAUGUAGCGGCCUUUGACAAUGCCUUACAGCUGCAGCAGCAGCAGCAGCAGCAGCUGCAGCAGCUGCAGCAGCAAGAUCCUCUGCAGCGGGUACAGCAAAUACUCAGCCUGCCGCAGCACGAGCUGCAGCACCGAGAACUGCCGCUGCAUCAACUGCAGCUGCAGCAGCAGCAACAACAGCAGCAGCAGCAGCAGCAGGUCAUUGCACCUGCAGCAGGACACACGAAGGAAGCACCGCAGCAGCCGAAGCAGCAACAGCAGCAGCAGCUGCAGCAGGGAACAUCAGAUAAUCUUGCUCCUAGCCAUUCAUUUGAGAACAGUGCAGCUGCUGCUGCAGCAGCAGCGGCUGCUGCUGCUGCAGUUGCUGCUCCGAUAGAGCAUCAGCAGCAGCAACUACUAUUGCGGGGCGCAGCAGCAGCCCCUUUUGAGCAGCUUCAGCAGCAGCAGCAGCAGCAGCAGCAACAGCAGCAGCAGCAGCAGCAGCAGCAAGUGCUGCACAUAGCUUCGCCUCGGUCGCAGCAGUCGUGCUCCUCUCCUUCUUCCCCGCCGCAGCAGCUGCUGCUGUAG